AUGACAUCACAUUUAAUCCUUUCCUACUUGCUCUUAUUGAUUGGAUCAUUAAUGAUUCACCUUUCAACAGCCAUCGAAAGUCCCAACACCCGAGUUCUCCAGCACCCUUGGGAACGCCAUGUCGACCUCAAUCCGUUUCCUUCUCUCGCCGAACUGGAAGAAAGAACUUCAAUCGAACAGAUUGAUGACGUUUUGGAUCAAGUUACUAGCACUGACGGUGGAAUCAUCAUCCAGCAAUACAGACCCAAGCCCAGCUUUUUGUGGCGCCGAUGGUUCGGGACUGUCAUUUACGAUGCUUGGCCUCGUGUGGUACUGAAUAUGGCCUGGACAACGGCCUUUUGUGUCUGGGUACGCUAUCAGACACAUGGUGAUUGCCAAGUCUUCAACAUGAACCACAUGGGGGGAGACCACCACCAAUCUUUGGUGUCUGCUUUUACCAUUGCUGACAAGCUUUGGUCAACGCUAAUGAGUUUCACGACCUUUUUGUUGACCUUCUUUGUAGGUCAGGCAUACAGCUUCUGGAAGUCUUUUAUUGACCUUGGCCGAAGCAUUCAGGGCAGCUUCAAUACCAUUCCAUUUCUAUUGACCACGCAUGCUUCCAGGAACCCAAAGACUGGAAGAUACACUCCCGAAGCAGAAUUAUUUCUACAAGACAUCGGCAAGCAACUCAAGCUCUUUCAUUUGUUACAUUGGGCAUCACAGGCCCGCCGCUUUCGCGUUUUGCUCACCGACAAGGGCUGGGACCAAAUGGUCGCUCGGGGAUUGGUCUCGGAAGACGAACGCAGACGGCUCCACUCAAUCAAUGUGGGGCCGACCCAAAAGCAGGUUUGCGUCUUGCAACGAAUGGUCGUUGAUACUCAAAAGGCGAUGGGGGACAAGAAAAUCAUUGGAGUACAAUACGCCACCUUGCAAAAAAAGUUGUUGGAGGAAUUUUCCAAAGUGCGUGGAACGACAAGUACAGUUCCGGAUCUCAUUGCAGGAAGAAUGCCUUUGGCCUAUGUUCAUUUCGUUCAAAUCUUGGUGGACACCUUUCUUUUGUCCACUCCCAUUGCAAAAUAUUCCGACAUGGGCAUCUUUUCUGUCCUGAUGAUUGGUAUUUUGACGCUAUUCUUCCAUGGGCUCUUGAUAUUGGCCAAGGUGUUCCUAGAUCCUCUCGACAAUGAAGACUUUUGCGAAGGCUGCGUCUAUCUUGACUUGGCAGUGCUGCUUCGAGAAAGCAAUGGUGGCAUCGACAAGUAUAUUACUGGAGCCGGAAUCAUUUAA